UUCUAUUCACACAGUUGUAUUUGUGUGGCGCUAAAGAUGACUUCUCUGAGACGUUUGGUGCACAGCAGGGUGCUGCUCCACCUGAGCGAGUCUCCGGGUGUGCACAGCUCCCUGCCCAGGUGCGGCAGGCUGCUCAGUACCUCCAGCAGGUGCAGGACUGUCAUGCCCGCCUGGGUCAUUGAUAAAUACGGAAGUAAUGAGGUUUUACGGUUCACCAAGAACGCCAGCUUUCCCAUCAUCAACUAUCCCAAUGAGGUGAUUGUCAAGGUGUUUGCAGCAGGACUCAACCCCAUCGACGUCGCCAUGAGAGGUGGCUACGGCGCAGCUACGUUGUCCAUGAAGAGAGACCCUCUGAACAUCAAGCAGUCGGGCAGUGAGUUUCCUCUCGUUCUGGGCCGGGACGUGUCCGGGGUCAUCAUGGAGUGCGGCCUGGACGUGAAGUACUUCAGAGAGAGGGACGAGGUUUGGGCGGCGAUCCCGCCGUGGAAGCAGGGCAGCCUGGCGGAGUUUGUGGUGCUGAGCGCCAAUGAGGUGUCCCACAAACCAAAGUGUCUGAGCCACAUCGAGGCUGCUGCCAUUCCCUACGUGGCAACCACCGCCUGGUCAGCGCUGGUUAAUACUGGCGGUCUGAGAAAGGACAACUGUGCCAACAAGAGGAUUUUGAUCCUUGGAGGAUCCGGAGGAGUCGGAACGUUUGCUGUACAGAUGGUGAAGGCGUGGGGCGCCCAUGUGACCGUUACCUGCUCCCAGAACGCCGAGCGGUUCUUAAGGGGGCUCGGGGCGGACCACGUGGUGGACUACACUGCUGGGCCCGUCGAGGAGCCGCUCAGCGCUCUGGAGAAGUUCGACCUGAUCCUGGAUAAUGUCGGGGGUGACACGGAGCGUUGGGCGCUGAAGCUGCUGAAGCCAUGGAGCGGCUCCAAGUUCGUCACCCUGGUGACGCCGUUCAUGCAGAACACCGACAGGCUGGGUGUAGCUGACGGCAUGAUGCAGACCGCCGCUACAGUGGCCAGCAAGGCCUUAAAACACCUGAUGAAAGGAGUUCAUUACCGCUGGGGGUUCUUUGCACCCAGCGGCUCUGCCUUGGACGAAAUCAGGGACAUGGUGGAUGCAAAACAGAUCCGGCCCGUGGUGGAGGAGACCUUCAGUUUUUCGCAAGUUCCUCAGGCCUUCGAGAAGGUGGAGAAGGGUCACGCCCGAGGAAAGACUGUAGUCCAGAUCAGCAAAGGGGGUGACGACGUAUAGCUCUGCGCAUCGUGAAACAGACUGAAUCUAAAGGCUUUUCUUAUGGAGUGCUGUCAUGACUUUUAUAGACUCCGCCCACAAAAAACAAAGACACAUUGCACUUUGUUUUCUAUCCAAAGUAUAUUGUUUGGCUUUUCGACUUUUCAAUGUUUGCUGAGGAUUUGGACACAAAACUGCUGUCGCCUUAAAAAAGCUUUUUUUAUUUUUCAGACUCAAAGGAAACUCUUCACUGUCAGUGUUUCAAGGCAUGUCAAGGCAUCAAAUAAAAACAGAAAAACAUCACAUUAUUAUUUUAAUGUGUAACAAUAUUCUCACAUUUACAACCAGCAGAGGGCAGCAGAGUUAAACUCAAAGUCUUUACACUCAGUGGUUCUGUACAAACGAUGCUGUGGAGAGUGUGUGUGUGUGUGUGUGUGUGUGU